CCCUGAUAUCCUUGAUCUCACAUGAAGCCGUGUCCAGCUCAUAAAGAUCAAAAGAAAUUUUUCGAAGUUUGUAUUAUUAGUUUCACCACACGUUCGUUUACACCAAAAUAGUAAUCGAAACAAUCAAGUCACUCACAACAAAUCAGUUUGGGGUUAGCUACGGGUAACAGACGGGGAGGGGACAACCAUACAAUCUCCACUCUCUUCAUACUCACUCACACACAUCCCCCCCCAUCCAUCAUGGCGCCCCUAGCCCGCGUGCCCACAGUGCCCCUGCAGCGCGCCAUCUGGUCGCGCACCCUCCACGCGACCUGCAAGAUGACGCCGCUGAACCGGGCCCUGGCGCACGCCCUCCAGCGCGCAGGCUUCAUCUCGUGGUUCACCGAGUCCGGCGCCCACCCGCCAGACGCCAGCAUCCUCGAGCAGUUCUCCCCCGCGGAGCUCAGGGACAUGCACAUCGCCCACACGUCCAACCGGCACAAGCGCCAGCUCUGGAUGGGCCUCAGCUACCACACCAACGAGUGGAAGCGCGACAACGGCUGGUGGGAGUCCAAGGACGUGCCCGUCAUGAAGACCAUUCUGAGCAAGAGCCAGAAGCUGAAGGCCGAGAGGUUCGUCAUGAGUCCCGGCGAGGUGGAGAGGUUUGUCACGGGGGCGGCGCUAGGCGAGGACAUGUGGCGGAAGGGGCUUGUCGAGGGCCAGGGCACGUUUCUGAGAAUCGACGGGGGAGGAGAGGAAGAUGAGGAAUGGUCGAGGAAGAAUCCGGUUGAGGUGCUGGAGAGUAGGGAGGCCGCCGAGAGGGGUGUUGGGGGAGCGGUCAUCUGCCGUGUCUGGCCUCAUAGGAAGAGAGCUUUUGAUGAGAAGGAUUCCCAAGACAAGACCAUAUGGUGGGAGCGGGUCACGGCCGGUCAGCAAACGAAGCCCGAGUGAAGUCCAUCUGUUUGUUGAGGUCAUGGUGGUCGGCCUCGCUUGACAACGGGGAAACGGUUGUAUAAACACUGUGCCCGAGAACCAGGAUGUACGAUGAGAGAGACGAACACAUUUACAUGGCGUUAGGGGGAUCCCAGGUCAGCUGGUUGAUGAUACCCAUCUUUUAUGUCCACGAAACGAAUAUUGCACUAUAGAAAUCUCGGUAUUCAACGGCGUGGCGCCGGGCAGUUAUACAUCCCUUGUACAUAUAUCAUCAUUAACAUGGGGGCAUCUUGCUCAUUUGGGAAAUACGCACCUCUAAAAAUCACGUAACAAGUAUUCGAUGUUUUUCGAGGCGUUCCAGACACAUAUUGAAUGAGAUUGAG